AUUGGUCUGAUUUCCCACUCAAGCACAGAUAAAGAAGUGGUCUUGAUAUGUGACUCCUGUGUGUUUGUCUUUGGAUUAACUCAUGGUGCAUGGUGGAAACAGUCUAUAAAUUUAUUUGACAUAUAAGACAGACCAUAUAGACUGGGUGGAAAGGUGGAUUGGCACUGCAUCACUAUACACAGGACUGCAGGACAGCGAGGACUGGGCUGGGACUAAGUGAGUUUACACUUGAAAAAUUAAAAUACCUGGUAUCUGGUAACCUGGACCUGGAGUACAUUAGUAAUGGGUUGGACAUUUGGCAAUGCUGUUAUUGACUGUUGGAUUUUUCCUACACAGUUAGUUGAUUGAGUAGUUCACAGUUUGUAUUUUUUGUUAACAUCAUGGACUCUUAUGAAGAUAUAUUUGAACGAAAGAAAUCAGCAGUAAAAUUUAAAGAGGGUUUGAUUCACGAAUUGAUGAAAUUGUAUACAACGAAUCAUAAGACAAAAAUAGGGAAUGAAGGACUCACUGCCGUCAAUGAAAUUAUGCUUAAAUUUCUCAACGAAAUUGUUUGGCGUGCCAUGAAUCAAGCUCACAAUGAAGGACUAAAUAACGUCAAUUUGGACCACAUAGAAAAAAUUCUUCCUCAGCUUUUGCUUGAUUUUGCAUAGGAAGUGAUUACGGUCGCUAGAACUGGGCUUCUCCAUCUUCAAGGUUGUCUUCGUCAUCCAAAUAACCUUCACCAUUAUCAAAAUAAUUACUAGCGUAAUCUGUUCCUUCAUCUAUUUCUUCCUCAACAUCAUCUUCAAUUUCCACUUUCUCAUCAUCUGAUUUAUCUUGAUCGUCUUCAUCUUCUUUUCCAUCUAUCAUUAAAACGUUUUAUAAAUUUGUGGAAAUUAGAAUAAAAUUUGCAUAGGAAACCUCCAA